AUGGCCUUCACUGCGAGGGACCUCCUUGUUCUUUGUGCACUUUGUGGAGUCAAUACUCUCAACCUUUUCUUGUCCGGCGCAUUGACUGUUGCCGUUCCCACUAUUGGCAAGGAUCUUGGCUUCGCGGAGGAUGCUCUCCAAUGGCCCGUUAACGUUAACGCUCUUGCCUUUGCUUGCCUGCUUCUUUUCUUCGGAAGACUCGGCGACAUUUAUGGUUGCAAGUUGGUCUUCCUCGCUGGUACUGCGUUCUUCGGUGUAUGGAGUAUCGCCACUGCCGUCGCACCCAACGAAAUCUCUUUCAUCGUUUUCAUCGCUCUCGAGGGCGUAGGAUCCGCCUGCAACACGCCUGCUAGCAUUGGCAUCAUAUCUGCUUACUUCCCUCCAGGCAAGAAGCGUAACAUCGCAUACGGUGCCCUCGGCGCGGCGAAGCCGGCGGGCUACAUCUUCGGCCUCGUUCUCGGCGGUGUUCUCACGCAGUCGAAGGCGACGUGGCGUUCGAUAUUUUACAUUCAGGCUGGAUUCUCCUUCCUCUUCUUCGCACUCGGCGCGAUCGUGUUCCCCAAGGAGGAUGGAUCCAGACGUUAUGCAAAGGGCCUUGACUGGAUUGGAGCUCUGCUCAGCACUGUUUCUCUCGCCAUGUUCACGUAUUCUAUCAGCGACUCGACCGCUACGUCGAAAGGCUGGAGAGCUCCUCAAGUGCCUACCCUGUUCUCCGUUUCCAUUGUGAUGAUGAUCGCGUGGGUCUUUUGGGAGCGUCGUCGUGAGGCGAGAGGCGAGUCUGUGCUCGUACCUAUGAGCAUCUGGACACCUGGCUCCAAGAAAGGACGUGUCCUUCUUGUCGUAUUCUUCGGCUGGUGGUGCUUCAACACCCUCGUCUACUUCUGCACGCUUGUCUUCCAGCAGAUUCAGCUCCUUGACCCCUUGGACACGGCUAUCCGGUUCAUCCCACUGGUUGUUUCUGCUUUCAUUAUCAACGUGAUUACUGGUGCUCUCAUGGGCCAUGUCAACGGUCAGAUUCUCAUCGUCUGCGGCCUUAUACUUGGAACUGGAGCGCCCCUGAUUUUCGCGUUGCUCAAUGUCGACCUUACCUAUUGGGCGAUGCUGUUCCCGGUGCUCGUGCUCAUUUGUGGUAUCGACAUUGCAUUCCCAGUUGGUAAUCUUCACGUGGCAUCCACAUUCGACGAAGACUCGCAGAACCUCGCAGGUGGCGUGUUCAACGUGGCUAACCAGCUCGGUAUUUCUACAGGUCUGGCUGUCUCGUCAGCCGUCGCCGCCGCCGUUUCAAAGAAGUACUCGGAAAGCCACCCAGACCUUUCUCCCACCUCUCCCGAAGUACUCAUGCCCGGCUUCCGUGCCGCUGGCUGGACGUGCUUUGCUGCUGUCGUCAUCGCCCUGCUCAUUGCCGUAUUUGGUCUCCGUGGCAUUGUUCCCGUCGAGCAAAUAGCUCAGCAACGCGAUCGCGAAACGCUCGUCGACAUGCAAGAGCAGGCUGCCAAGAAAUCGCCCACGACAGACCGCUUCCUUCGCCCUGCACCUAGCAACCUUAGCAUGGCACCAAGCACGCUGCCCGAUAUCGAGCCGGAGGUCGGCGCUGGCUCAUCUCACCUAUCUGCUACCGAUGCGCGCCCCGUCCGCCAGAUGAAGAGCGAUGCCACCCUUGUCGCGAACUUCAACGCCCACCACUCCACCGAACCUUCAGUGCCCGAAUCAUCACCCGUAUAA